GUGGCUGGGGGCAGGCGGGGCCAGCACGGCCUCUGAGGCAGUAGGGGAGGGAGGUACGGGCGGUGUCCCACCCGGAUCGUCAGGCGGGCGCAGAACAACAGUGCUCUGAAAGUUAGUGUUUGGGGGGUGCCUUCCUUCCCUUCAAGGGCUGCUAUUCACUGAAAUGGCAGUUUCCGAACAGAACCGUAUUAAGGGUGUAUUAUGAAACAUCCCAACAGAAAACUAAGCCUAGAGGAUGUAGCAUUUGUGGACUAAUUUUAAUGUACGCUUUGCUUUUGUAUUUCAUCACUUUUUUGUCAUCACUGAUUGUUUGCUACAGAGAAGAGGAGCCCUAGACUUAAACCCGGAAAGCAGUACAGCCUGGCCCCAGGGUAUUAGAGACGGCUUAUUUAAAAUUAUUAAAAAUGUGUAGCUUGAGCCAGUGUAAUCCAACUGUCUUCCUAGCCUAGCAGAACACUCUUCAUGCAGCUGUACAGCAUAGUACAGCCAUAUGCCACUGGGUCCCAAAAUGAUGCUGUGUAUUUAAGUUAAGUGUUUAAAGACUGUUAUUGCUAUGACUUGUUUGGUUGUGCUACAGUAUACACCAGUAAGCAGUAUUCAGCUGUUAUUAGUACCCUACGGCAGCAGCUGGUGACCUUUUUUAAACCAUUACCGCACAUUUUCAUGCAGUGGGAACGCAGCAUCUGGCCUCAGCCAGGCCUUCACAAUUAAUCUGAUGAGCCCACCCUCCUCCCAGCCCAGUGCAGUGCUCCUGGGGAGGUGGCAUGAAACGGCUCAGGCUACUCUCUGCUUUAUGUUCUCAUGCAAACCUGCACCCGCAGCACAGCGCUGGAGAUCAUUGCCAAAAUUGCAGGUGCUCCCAAACAGCUGGCAGCAUUGCUGCAGGCACCUGCUGCUUCUUCCAGUCCCUGCAUUAAGCUGGUUUAAUUUAUCUUCUUCCCUCCAUUUGCAUGUGCAUUGGAAUAGUGGCUGCUUUAAUCAUUGCAGGACUUAAAGCAACCUCCUGCAAACAUGGCAGACGAGGACCUUAUUUUUCGUAUGGAAGGGAUUGAUAAUGGUAGAUUGACUAAAGUGAACUCUGGAAAUUAUCUUGAUGCUGAUAGUGAUGAUGAAGACAAUUAUUAUAUCUGCCCAAUAACCGAUGAUCCAGUUUCUAACAAGUCUGCCAGUAUCAAAGUUGACAACUAUUAUAGCAACUUAGCAAAAACUGAACAAUACAGUUCCAGCUCUUCUCCUAGAAACUCGUUUAGCUUUAAGAAUGACACACAGCAUCGCUCUAAGCACGGCUCUGUGGUUGACCGUAGUCGGGAAACCUGGAAACAUGCUAUUGAGAAAGCUAAGCACAUGCCUGAUCCAUGGGCAGAAUUUCAUCUUGAGGACAUUGAGACAGAACAUGCCACUCGCUACAGGUACAAUGCAGUUACUGGGAACUGGGUUGAAGAUGAAGUUCUCAUCAAGAUGGCUUCACAACCUUUUGGCCGUGGAGCAAUGCGAGAAUGUUUCAGAACGAAAAAGCUGUCCAACUUCUUACACACGCAGAACUGGAAAGGCGCCUAUAACUAUGUUGCCAAGCAGUACAUAGAGAGCGUAGGCCGGGAGGUAUAUUUUGAGGAUGUUCGACUUCAGAUGGAAGCAAAACUCUGGGGAGAAGAGUACAAUCGGCACAAACCACCAAAACAGGUGGAUAUAGUACAGACCUGUAUUAUUGAAAUGAAGAACAGACCUGGAAAGCCUCUCUUUCAUCUGGAACAUUACAUUGAGGGCAAAUACAUCAAAUACAACUCGAAUUCUGGAUUUGUGCGAGACGACAACAUUCGUCUUACUCCGCAAGCCUUCAGUCACUUCACCUUUGAGCGCUCAGGACAUCAGCUCAUUAUUGUUGAUAUCCAAGGAGUCGGAGAUCUUUACACAGACCCUCAGAUACAUACAGAAAGUGGUACAGAUUUUGGAGAUGGCAACCUAGGUGUUCGAGGUAUGGCCUUAUUCUUUCAUUCUCACUCCUGCAACAAGAUUUGCAAAAGCAUGGGCCUUGCACCAUUUGAUCUUUCAUCCAGAGAGAAGGAUGCCUUGGAUUAUAAUAACAAAUUGCUUGAAUCUGCUCAGACAAUUCUACGUGGCACAGAGGAAAAAUGUGGCAGCAGCCGGGUGAGAACAAUUUCUGGUAGUCGGCCUCCUCUGCUGUCCCGCCUGUCUGAAAACUCUGGAGAUGAGAGUAUGAGCGAUGUGGCAUUUGACUCUCUACCCUGCUCUCCUUCUUCAGCAACACCUCACAGCCAAAAGAUGGAAAUGCUUCAUUGGCCAGUGUUUAAUGAAGUAGAUAACUUGGUUCACAAAGACUAUGAUCAGCUUGAUAACCAAAGGGAUUUUGAAAAUGGUGGAGACAGUGGAUAUCCCAGUGAAAAGAGAAGUGAGUUAGAAGAUCUGGAUCAUAGAGAGAGGGGCCAUUCAAACAACAACCGAAGACAUGAAUCUGAUGAAGACAGUUUGGGAAGCUCUGCAAGGAUCAGUGUGGAGAAAUGGAAUCUCUACAAUUCUUCCAGAGUCCACAUCCACAGACCAUCCUGUGUCGCUCAAGAAAUUCAGAGGCUUAAUGCUCUAGAACUUGAAAAGAAAAUUGGGAAGUCAAUCCUUGGGAAGGUUCACCUGGCCAUGGUUCGCUACCAUGAGGCUGGACGUUUCUGUGAGAAAGACAAAGAAUGGGAUCAGGAGUCAGCUCUGUUUCACCUGGAGCAUGCUGCAGACUGUGGGGAGCUGGAAGCCAUCGUUGGGUUAGGACUCAUGUGCUCUCAGCUGCCACAUCACAUUCUUUCCGAGGUUACUCUGGAGGACACAAAAGAGAACAGAAAAAAAGGAUUUGACUACUUGCUGAGAGCAGCAGAAGCUGGAGACCGGCCUUCCAUGAUCCUGGUAGCAAGAGCAUAUGAUACGGGUGUGAAUCUUGGUUCAGACAGAGCACAGGAUUGGAAGGAGGCACUGUACUGGUACAAUGCUGCCCUGAACAUGACUGACUAUGACGAGGGAGGUGAAUAUGAUGGCACUCAAGAUGAGCCCCGGUAUCUGCUCCUGGCCAGGGAAGCAGAAAUGUUGAUGACAGGAGGGUUCCACUUGGAUAAGGAUCCACAGAGAUCAGGUGAGCUCUACACAGAAGCAGCAGAAGCAGCAACGGAAGCUAUGAAAGGCAGACUGGCAAAUCAGUACUACCAAAAAGCAGAAGAGGCUUGGGCGAUGAUGGAAGAAUGACAUUGCAAUUAAGCAGUUCUUGUAUAUAAAAUUUUUAUAUACUGUGUUUGCAGCUGAAAAGAUAUAUUUUUAUGUGGCGUUACCAGUUUAUUUUUCGUAUUUUAGUUUUCUAACUUUUUGAGGGUGGAAAUCCAAAUGUAGGCAGUAUGUAGGGUACCAUAGUGCACUUCUGUCAGUGUUUUAAAGCUGUAAUACAGACACACUUGACCUUUACAUACAUAUGUGUGUGUAUAUAUAUAUAUAUAUAUAUAUGUAUGUAUGUAUGUUUAUAUACAUAUAUAUAUAUGAACUGUUAGAACUGAGUGGCCUGAAUUUUGUCAUUUCUUGUUUGCUUUGGGAGAAGUGAAGCUGAUGUCUGCUUGGGUUUCACAUGUCCUGCUUUUCACAUAGCAAAUGAUCAGUGUGUUUGCAUUUUUCUUCUUGCCACACACAGAAUAUUUCAUUUUUUCCUAAAUUCACAGCAUUUCUUCAUUUUUGGUGUAUCUCACCAAAUUUGCAUGUGGAUGUAAAUUUUCAAUUUAAGCAUGCCAAGCAUGCAGCUACUCUUAAUAAGUAGUCCCACUUCAUCAAUAGGCACUGUUUCCUUCUCAAACUAAUUCCAGAUAGAAUCCAUAUGCUUUGGAGAAGAGGAGGGGAAAAAAAAAAGCUUAAGAUUGGCAGUGAGGCUCUUCCGGGUACAAUAUGUGUGAUUACCAGCAUUGCAUAUUUUCAGAAAAUCACUAAUGUUCCUGAUGAGGUGAGGAGUCCAGCUACCUCUCUCAUUUUUACCUUUUGUACCGUAUAAUAACCUAGAUGUGUGGAAUUCUACUGAUCUUACACAGUAUUUGCCCAGUGAUGUACAGUAGCAAGAUCUAUAAUAGAUUAGUAAUGUGUAGUUAUUUUUACAGUGACAUCUCAAUUUUCAGCAAAGCUAUGACGUUUCACUUGAAAUGCUGGAAAGUGUGUUCUCAUUUUCAGAGGGACAUUUGAAAAACUUAGGGGAUGUUGAUUCACCCAUUAUUAUAGAAGAUAAUUUAUCUGGUUUAAACGGCUUUGUGUGUUUUAUCUGCUGUCUUAUGAUUCAUGAAGUAACUUCACAUGAUACAUCGUGAUAGAUUCAAGCUGAUUGAUGAAGGAUAUACACAUAGCUUUGCAAAUUUCCAGAUUAUGCUGGGUAACUUAUUAAAUACUACCGUACAUUACAAAGCUUAUUGUCUGUGGAAUUAGUGUUUGGGAGUUUUCAUCUGAAUUUUAGCAUCCUCUCUUAUAGUUUACAACUAAACUUCCUAAAAGACAGUUCUGUUCUUCAGAAGAGACUGAGAAUGGUUUAAUGGUUUUAAAUGUCAGUUACAGAAAAUUACUGGUUUUAAGGAGAAAACAUUAUCCACAAACACUUGAAAUUUUGUAUCCUGUUUGCAUAAUCUGAAAAAAGUAAUGUAAGGACAAAUACAUGGUGGUGGUUUACGUAUCAUGGCACAGAUAUAAUUUUCUUCUAAAUCCAGUAUUUUAUUCCAAAGCCACAGUGCCAUCUGUACAGAGGACAUAGCAGCUCUUGCUAUUUCUUCAUCUUGGUUAAGUCGUUUUGCAGGAGAUUGUGAUGGAAGCUUCAUGCUGCCUUGGCUCUACAGUCUCCUGAGGAUGUUGACUGGGAUGAAUAAAGGGCAGCUUUUAUGAAGUGCUGAGUAUCUGCAAUGCUUAGCCAGUCUCAUUUUAGCACAGCAUUUAAGAGUAUGUGUAAAAUUAAACAAGCUGCUAGAUGAUGUAGUUGAUUUCAGUGUGGUUCCUUGCAUUCAUAUACAAGGACUAUUUCUUGUAAAAUGUAGAAACUGUUCAAGAAACGGAAAUUGGUUCUUCCUUUCCUUUGUGAGUGUCCCUGUCACUGGGCUCCAAAGUUGCACUCCCCAUUUACUCUUUCUGGCAAGUGGAUCUUAAAUUAUUGUUUAAACAACAUCUAAGCAUGAUAUUAGUAACAACUGUCACUGUCUGAAAGAGAGAUGCUGAUGGUAAAGGAAGUGAGAUGGAAAGAUUUGAAUCUCUUCCAGGAGAGAAGGAUCCUUGGAUUUUGUACUUCGGAGUAACCACCAAGCAGUUGCAGCCGUGAGAGUGGCCCUGCAGCAGCCACAUCUUCUUGCCAUAAGAUGUAAGGAGUACAGAAAAUAAGUGCUUAGAAUUUUUUGUUAGUUUUAGAGAGAGUGCCUUAUUCUGUGAGGGUACUAGAUGAAGCUCUUCACCUACUAAUGGAGAAAUGUCUGAUUGUCCUCAGUUGGGUUUAGGUAGGUAUUGCUAGGUACUAAAAUAACCAAAUUCUUUGGACAUAAUAUGCUGAAGUUGAGCUGGAGUUAGUAGGAUCACAAGUUGGUUGGAUGCUUUAAGUGCCUAUCCAAAGUUCUGCUUUAGGUACCUAAGGUCUGUUUUGGAUGUGGCCUUUUUGUUCUUUCAGUUCAUAGCAUUAAAUCAUCACUUGUCAGUGAAAAGUGAACGUGCCGCUCACCUCUGAAGACAGUUGACCAGUCAGUGUUUUGUGUAGAACUGAUACAGUGUAGGCAUUAUAACUAAUGCAGACAAAAUGUUUUGUUUUCCACAUAAGGUGCUAAUGCUAAGUGUUUGAGGCUUUCCUAGAGAAGGAAGCAUGUGUAACAACCCCACCAACUAUGUAGGGAAGAGAAGAGAUUGAAUGAAACCAUCCAAAAUAUGUAAGUAAAGGACUCUAGAGUAUAAUUAUUGACACUUCUUGACAUAGUUUAAUUUACUAAGUUCAGUAGUUGCUAAGUUUGCUGGCAGUUCUCUGUAGAUCUGACAUGCAAAUGUAUACACGUGAUUAAUAUUUUGUUUUCAAAGUCCUAAGGCGGUAUAUUAUUUAGCUAUACAAUAAGUAGGACUGUCAAUAAUUCAAAAAUUAAAAUUGUUUACAGAAAUAUGCAUAAGUUGUUCUAUGACAUUCUUUUGAAGAGAAACUAUUUGAUAGACUUUUUGAAUGAUACUGCUAUAUGCUGUAUUUUUAAUCUAUUCACAAUGAAUAAAUAAUCUGUAUUUUUUUAAAUGUGAAAAUAAAUCUGAGGCUUGGCCUGGCAUAAUUUACCUGGGUGUAGCAUUUCUGAAUGUCAUUGGGAGUGUUGCUUGGGUAAGGACAGCAAGAUGGAAGCCUCUGUUUGUAUACCAGACAUGCAAAUACUAAUUGCCUGCAUCACACCGUUUGUUUUUAUUCUGGCUGGUCAAUAAAGUUGUUCUGUUUUGUCA